AUUACAAAUACCCAUAGUAGUGGAAAAUACAUAAAUAAAAAAGUACAUAAAUACCUAAUAACAUAAAGGAUUAUUUUCUAAUACAAUCUUAUAUAUUCACAUUUAUUCGGUGAAUCUUAAUAAAUCUUACUUAUUAAAGUGUUUAAAGAAAUAUUUCGUUCUAAUUUGGUGAAAAAUUCACGCAGACUCCGCGACGCCUCCUCGCUCGGAACAGCACGAGAGCCGCACGUGACGUCACGAGCUGACGUAUGGCCGAUAGGACGUACUCUUACGACCCGGUCGGCGCCGCCACCGCACUCAACCAACAGACGCACAGGAUGGAGCAGGGACAGUUGUGGCGGCAGUAUGUCAUCGCGGGCAUCGCGAACAUCGCGAUAGCCUCGACGGGCUACUGCAUGGGAUGGACCUCCCCAGUCAACAUCAAGCUGAAGGACCUGAGCCAGUCGCCGUUGCCGGAGAAGGUGACUGACGACCAGGAGGCGUGGAUCGGCUCGCUGCUCACUGUCGGAGCCAUCUUCGGUCCAUUCAUCGGAGGCAUAGCAGCUUCCAAAAUCGGUCGCAAAUGGGGCCUCAUCAGCUCGGCCAUCCCUCUCUUCAUUGGCUGGAUCCUCAUGGCCGCGGCCACCAGUGUCGGCAUGAUCUACGCCGGACGCAUCUUCUGGGGUCUCGCUGUGGGGAUGCUGUUCACGAUAUCCCCUAUGUAUUGUGCUGAGAUUGCUACGGAUGAGGUCCGCGGCGCGCUGGGCUCCUUCCUGCAGCUCUUCAUCACGGUGGGCUUCCUGCUGGUCUACUCGGCCGGGCCGUACGUGUCGUAUUCCGCCAUCGCCUACAUAGGCGUCGCCUUCACCGCCGUCUUCGUCGUCGCCUUCUUCUUUAUGCCGGAGUCGCCUAUCUACUAUCUUACUAAGAAUGACCGUGAGGCGGCUGCGUCCUGCCUCAUGAAGAUCCGCGGCCGCUCGCGCGCCGGCGUGGAGGCCGAGCUGGAGAAGAUGGCUGUUGAAGUCACUGCUUCCAUGCAGAAGACUGCUACGAUCCGCGACCUCGGCGAGAAGGGCAACUUCAAGGCGAUGUACAUAUCCUGCGCGCUGGUGUUCUUCCAGCAGUUCUGUGGCAUCAACGCCGUGCUGUUCUACAUGACCAACAUCUUCACCGCUGCAGGGUCGACUCUGGACGCGUCUGUCGCGACCAUUAUUAUUGGUGCUGUGCAGUUGGGUGCGUCCUGCAUCACUCCCUUCGUGGUGGACCGGCUCGGCAGGCGGCUGCUGCUGCUGUUCUCCGCAUGCGGAACUGCCAUCGGACUGGGUCUCCUAGGCAUGUUCUUCCUUCUCCAAGCUAACGGCAACCCAAUAGCCGCCAAAAUUGGGUUCGUCCCGCUACUAUCUCUGGUCCUGUUCAUGGUGACUUACUGCGUAGGCCUCGGGCCACUGCCUUGGGCCGUAAUGGGAGAACUCUUCCCCAUUGAGGUCAAGGCCAUCGCUGCGCCUAUUGCGACCGCUUUCUGCUGGAUCCUGUCGUUCUUGGUUACCAGAUUCUUCAACCCGGUAGCGACCGCCAUCGGCAUGCACAUGGCGUUCUGGAUCUUCGGCGUGUGCUGCGUGGGCGCGUUCUUCUUCACCAUGUUGCUCGUGCCCGAGACCAAGGGCAAGUCCUUCCAGGAGAUACAGGACAUGCUGAGAGGGAAGACCUCUUCAAAGUCAGAAAAAGCCUAAAGUACCAAAGUCCAGUUUACCUAAGAAAUUUAGACAACUUUAGACUAGCUACUAGACGAAUAGCUUCAGAUUAAUAUAUUUUCGUACAUUUUAUCUUUAAUUUUAAGAAGAUACAGGAAUUAUUAUUAAUCAUACAUUGUACAAGCAUCAAUUAAUUUAAAUAAAAAUGAAUUCUUCAUACAGGGUACCUACGUAAAAGAGAUCUAUUAAUUUAGAAGCCACAACAAUUAAAAUAGAUUUUUAAUAUUAUAUAACAAGGACCAAUAACUUAUAUACAUACUUACAUAGAUUUAGGAAAUGCGUUUUUACUAACAUCACAUUGUUGACAAGACUAUACUAACAAAAUAUAUUAAACCAAAAACGAAAAUUAGGUAAUUUAAAUGUAAAAUUGUGAUACUGUUAUUUUAGUCAUACUUGUGUAGGUAGAUUAAAUAUUCAUUAUAUGAAUUUUAAUUGAUUAAAACUACGUAAAGAAUAUGUGCCUUUCUAUCAGGUAUAAUUAAGUUAAAAUAAGGCACAGGCCAGACUACUAGCUAGCGAAGCGAGCGAGUUAGCUGGCAGUGGUGGCAUAAGAAUUUAGAUUAAAGCUUUUGACAAAUUGUGUGAAAUUUAUUAACUACUUUUUUAUAGCUGUAGGUAUUUUUCACAGCUAAAUCUUAGAAAAUGCGAUUGUACUGGCAGUGAGUUGAUGUGAUAACUUAAUGUUUUAUAAGUUUAAUUUUGUUGUGAAUAAUUUUGUUAUUACAAAUCAACAUAUCAUGUUAUUGCAAUAUUGUUAUGAAUAAAUGUGUUUUUAUUA